GCGCGCCGGCGCACUUGCCACGUCGCGGCGGCAGCGGGCGGGCGGGCAGGUCGUGGAUCUCCGUCAGCGUCCCCACGGUUAAUUAGUUAAGAUGAAACUGAAAGAGAUUGAGAGAACAGCAGUACAAUCCUGGAGUCCAGCUUCACAUCAUCCCCUUUAUUUGGCCACAGGUACCUCAGCACAACAGUUGGACGCUACCUUCAGCACAAAUGCAGCAUUAGAGAUCUAUGAGUUAGACUUUUCAGACCCAUCGUUGGAUGUAAAGUUGCGGGGCUCUCUACCUGCCACCACCAGAUUUCACAAACUUAUCUGGAGCAACCAUGGUGCAAGUUCUGAUGGAGUCAUUGCGGCUGGAGGGGAUACCGGGACCAUCACCCUUUAUAGCGCAGAACAGAUCCUUGCAGGUGGAAAUGAUCCCAUCAUCGGCCAGAGUGAGAAGCAUGGGGGCCCAGUCCGAGGGUUGGAUUUUAACCCCUUUCAGAGCAACCUCAUGGCUUCUGGAGCUAAUGAUUCUGAGAUAUAUAUUUGGGAUUUAAAUAACUUCAGUACACCAAUGACACCAGGAGCAAAAUCACAGCAAAGAGAGCCUUCUGAAGACAUCAGUUGUGUGGCCUGGAAUCGGCAAGUGCAGCAUAUCCUGGCUUCUGCUCAUCCGAGUGGUAGAGGUGUGGUGUGGGAUCUGAGGAAGAAUGAACCCAUCAUCAAAGUCAGUGACCACAGCAACAGGAUGCGAUGCUCUGGAAUGGCCUGGAACCCUGAAGUUGCUACUCAACUUGUUCUUGCAUCUGAAGACGAUCGCAUGCCCGUGCUGCAAAUAUGGGACUUGCGCUUUGCCACUUCUCCUCUCAAAGUGCUAGAGAAUCACACCAGAGGUAUUCUAUCCAUAUCGUGGUGUCAAGCUGAUGCAGAGUUGCUCCUUAGUAGUGCGAAAGAUAAUAGGAUCUUGUGCUGGAACCCUAACAACGGAGAGGUAGUCUACGAGUUGCCAACAAGCAGUCAGUGGUGCUUUGAUGUCCAGUGGUGUCCUCGUAAUCCUGCAGUUCUGUCAGCAGCUUCCUUCGAUGGGCACAUCAGUGUUUACUCUGUAAUGGGAGGGAGUCUUGAAGCGCAGAAACAAAACCAUGUCGAUAAAAUUUCGUCCUCAUUCAACAAUUUGGACCCAUUUGGCACAGGGCAGACAUUUCCUCCUCUAGAUAUUCCUCAGAGAGCAGUUCAGCCCACUAUGGUCCUUCCCUUGAAAAAGCCUCCAAAAUGGAUCCGGAGACCUGUUGGUGCGUCAUUUGCUUUUGGGGGGAAGUUGAUUACUUUUGCCAACCCCAAAGCCGCUGCUCCACAGAUCCAACAACCGAUUUCACGGCAAGUCUUCGUGAGCGUGGUCACUACGGAAACUGAAUUUUUAUGCCGUUCAAACGAGUUACAGACAGCACUCCGGUCGGAAGCAUUUGUCCAUUACUGUCAGUCCAAGAUUAGCAUCGCUGGAACAGAAUUCGAAAGGAACAUCUGGAACUUUUUAAAGGUAAAUUUUGAACAAGAUCCUCGCACAAAAUACUUGAACCUGCUUGGCUACAGCAAGGAAGGACUGGAAAAACAGAUCGGGUCAUCUCUAGGCAACAGCGCACAACUGAAGAAUCUAGAAGUGGAGAAUCACGAACGAGCACAGAAGAUGCCAGGAGUCUCUAGUCAGAGUUCGAGUUCCGAUGAGUCGAUUGCAGCAGGAGAUGCCUCAACAACUGAUUUCUUUGAUAAUAUUCCAGAGGAAAAGCCUGUCUUUGAAAUUCCUGUGACUGGAGACACUGAUGGGUUAAUCAGCCAGGCCUUGCUGAUAGGAAACUUUGAAGGUGCCGUCGAGCUGUGUCUCAAAGAUGACCAUUUUGCUGAUGCCAUCAUACUUGCCAUUGCUGGGGGUGAAGAGCUUCUUGCACAAACGCAGAAGAGAUACUUUGCCAAAAGGAAGACCAAAAUUUCACGGCUUGUGUCUUCUGUAGUCACCCACAAUUGGAGGGAUAUUGUAGAAUCGUGUGACUUGGACAAUUGGAAAGAAGCUUUAGCUGCUCUUUUGACUUAUGCCAAACCAGAAGUAUUCUCAUCACUGUGUGAUGCUCUCGGAUCGCGACUAGAGAUGGAGAAUGAUGGGCGGCUGUGUAUGCAGGCCUGCCUUUGUUACAUCUGCUCUGGAAAUAUUGAGAAACUGGUAGAAUGUUGGGUGAAGACUCAUGAAAGUUCAACUCCACUUGCACUAGAGGACCUUGUGGAAAAGAUUAUGGUCUUGCAGAAGGCAAUUGAGUUACUCCAGGGUACAGACAGAGCUGCAGAGGGCCCAGUCUUUGCAAAGAAACUCACACAAUAUGCCAGUUUACUGGCUGCUCAAGGAAACUUGGAAGCAGCCAUGAGCUACCUCCCUUCUGCUUCAGAUCAGUUUACGAUACUGCAGCUGGGUGACAGGCUUUUUCAUGCUCAAGGCGAGGCAAUGGUGGGUCAGCAGCCACCUCCGUUCCCAUUUAACCGGGUUUUGACAAGGAGACCACAUCCAGCUGCUUCACCUGCUGCCACUGCAGCCCAUCAAACAACACCUCAGCGAACAGCCCAGCAACCAUCCCAGCAGCCUCCAUAUCAGACCCCCUUUUGUCCUCAGGCCCAAGUCCGUCCAUCAGCUCCAGCAGUAUUCACUCCACAGUCUGCCACAUCAGCCGCCCAAUUUGCUGUCUCUGCCCAGGGCAUUGCGGGUAACACCACCAAUAUCUACUCCAAACCAGGAACAACACACCCUGCCUAUCCACAACAUCCUACCACAAUAUCUACACCAGCCUUUUCACAAUACCAGAAUUAUGGACAGCCAAAAAUUCCUUCAAGUGGAUUGCCGACCUAUCCUCAUCAGCAACCUUUGCCAGGUUCGGGGUUGACCGGCCCAACCCCACCUACAGCCUCAUUGAGCGGUCCUACAAUGCCCAGUGUGUCCAUGCCAGGACCAUUGUUAAUGGCUCCUGCUUCAGUGCCAUCUUAUCAACCCUCCAGCAUUAUUGCACCAUGUACACAGCCUGGACCAUUGUCAGCUUAUCCGGGACACCAUCAGCAUCAGGUUCACCAUCCUACAUCUCUACCAGGAAUUCACCCUACUUUUCCACAUCCCCCUGGAACUGGAGGCCCAGGAGCUCCUUCUUCUAAACCAUUCAUGGCUGCGACUAUUCCUCCUCCUCCUCCAACAGGGUUCCAUGAUGGAUGGAAUGAUCCUCCGGCAGUGCGGGCAGGGCAGAGAAAGAAAAUGCUUCAAGACAACUACACUCCCCCAGCUCCUAUUACGGCUCCUGUUGUGAAUUUCUCUAUGGAUACGCAAAAGGCCCGACCCCAGGGCCUCACUUCUCAGGAAACCAGCCAAGGACCUCCAGGGGCACCAAAAGAGGGCAACUUUCAGCCCCUACAACAACUGCCCACAGAGAAGAUUGUGAAGAAGCAAAUUCCUGAAGAGCACAUGAUAUUGAUGACCACGUUUGAUGGGCUGGUACAACGAUGCCUUUUAGCUGCUGCUGACCCUCAGACGAAGAGGAAGCUCGAUGAUGCUGCAAAGCGACUGGAUUACCUCUACGAUAAGCUGAGAGAACAAACUCUCUCUCCACACAUUUUAAGUGGGCUACAUGAAAUUGUGCGGAAUGUCGAGGUGUGCAAUUACCAGCAAGCGUUGGCUGUUCACACUCACGUUGUGAGUAGCAGCAACUUCAGCGAGAUCUCUGCAUUCAUGCCCGUUCUAAAAGUUGUUGUGACAAUCGCCAACAAGCUCAACAUCUGAGAAAGCUGCCAAUCGCAGGAUUUCACAUUUGAGGAUAAGGAUACUUGGAUUUUUUGAAUUGUUUACUUUUUCUUCAGUGUUUUGAUUCGUUGAAUAUGAAGAGUGUUAACGUUUGCGAUAUUUAGCGAAGCCUAUCUUUGAAAGUUCAGCUUUUCUGUGAAAUGCAUCACACAAGUAGUGCAUUACUUCUAAAUGCACUGAACUGGGUUGAAUCUGGUUCAUUCCUAACAUUAAAAACUGAAGAAAACCUAAUCAACACCCAUUGGCAGGGUCCAGACAACAAGCUUCUGAUUUGUACUCGCCUUGUGUUACUUCUUUCCUGAAGGUCAAUUAGGCAGUCGCAAUGUAUUUGUAUAGCCUUUGUGUUAAGGUUCACCAUUGUUCUUCUCUGCGGCCACUGAUAUCCCACAAAUAGCUAGAAUAUGUCUCAUAGCUAUGCUGUAUUUGGUUAAAUAUUGCUCUUGUACCCUAAAUAGGAAUGACUAACUUGGAAAUAGAACUGUCAAAUAAAUUGGCUUCAUCCACAAAUCCUACAAUGAUUCCAUCAGCCAUAUCGAUAAUGGGAAAUAGGAUAAGCUGCCUCUCAAACUCUCAAAGGAGGACACGACUAGGUCAAAACGGGACAAUUCACCUUGGAGAUAGGUUACCAUAGAAGACAAAUGUAUAAGCUUUAUAUUUAUUCUGGAAAAGCUUUGGGCAAAAUACAAUGACGCUUUUUAAAAAAACCCAAAAAGCAUUAUCUUUUUGUAUUCUGUAAAAUUUAUACUAAAUUGUGGGUUUACUUCAGCAGAUAGGUUGGCACUAUUGCCACAUCGUGCUGGUACACCUCAGCCUCACUGUUGUCAUGAUGGUGAUUUUGGAAUGUCUAAUUUCAGGGAUCAUUGUGCUAUUGUUAAUGCAGAUAUUUGGCUGUCAGUUUUAAUUAUGGAACCCUAGAAAAUGGCACGGCAGUGAUAAACAGAGUCUUUUUAAGAAAAUGCAUACUCUGAAGAAUAUUUUACAAAUGCCAGGACAUCAUGAGGUCAAAUUCUUUGCACUCCUGAUUGGCAACAUGCAUUGAGGGAUUGGACUCUGUUGCCUAUUGUCAUCCUCAUUUGACCUCAAGGAAUUCAACAAUAGACAAAAUAGCCGUCAUUUAGGCAUGUGAAAACAUUCUGGUUAUUUCUGUGACAACAGUGUAAGCAGCUUUUUUUAGAUUGCACAAAAUCCAGUUACUGUGUCUCAAAUGCGUAAAUGCUGCCUUUCCGCACAAAUAUUUAUGACAUUGCCACAAUAGCAUAUUUUUUCAUUCAAUAUUGUGAAUAUGGAAAAAAUAAAGUUUUUUUUUCCAAUUGAAAA